AUGACAGAUUUAACUUCAGCAGACGAAAUUUACACAUCAGAAACCAGAGGUUCUGACGAAACUGGUGAUGGUUCAGAGCAGAAACCAUUUAAAUCAAUUCUUCAAGCAAUGAGGAAAGCUGGAAAAGAGCCUUUCCCAAAAAUAUAUGUUGAUGGAAAAGGAGAUGGAAUUAUUUACGAUCUUGCAGCUAAAUCACAGUUAAAAAAAAUUCAAAAAAUAUGGGUCAGAGAAAACAUGAAACAAGCAGAAAAAAAUAAAAAAGAAGCUGAAAAUGCUGAAAAAAGAGUAAAAAAUUUGGAGGAAGCCAAAAAAAUUGUUUUAGAAGAAGAUAAAACUCUUACGCCUGCAAUUAGAAUUAGAAUAAAAGACAGCACUGAGUAUCGUGAUAAAAGAGUUAAGAUUUAUGGUUGGGUUCAUAGACUUAGAAGACAAGGAAAAUCAUUAAUUUUUAUUACACUGAGAGAUGGAACUGGUUUUUUACAGUGUGUGUUAAAUGACCUUUUAUGUCAAUCUUAUGAAGCUCUAAUUUUGUCUACUGAAUCUACUGUUUUAUUGUAUGGAACUUUAAAAAAACUACCAGAAGGAAAAACUGCUCCCGGUGGUCAUGAAUUACACGUAGAUUAUUGGAAAUUGAUUGGGUUGGCACCUCCGGGUGGAGCAGAAAACAUUCUCAAUGAAGAGGCGCAUAUUGAUAUUCAGUUAGACAAUAGGCAUAUUAUGAUAAGAGGAGAAAACACAGCUAAAGUUUUAAAAAUGCGUUCUGUUGUUAUGCAAGCGUUUCGUGAUCACUAUGCCGAACGUGGUUAUUAUGAAGUUACCCCUCCUACUUUGGUGCAAACUCAAGUCGAAGGUGGAUCUACACUUUUUAAAUUAAAUUAUUUCGGUGAGGAAGCCUACUUGACUCAAAGCUCCCAAUUGUAUCUCGAAACUUGUUUGGCAUCCAUGGGUGAUGUUUUUUGCAUAGCUCAAAGUUACAGAGCUGAACAGAGUAGGACUCGAAGACAUUUGGCAGAGUACACCCACGUGGAAGCCGAAUGUCCAUUUAUUGAUUACGAAGAAUUUUUAAACAGAGUCGAAGAUUUAUUGACGGACGUAGUAGAUAAAGUAUUGAAAUCUUCACACGGGCAUUUAGUGUACGAAUUAAAUCCGGAUUUUAAACCGCCUAAAAAACCGUUCAAACGAAUGGACUACGCGGACGCUAUCAAAUACUUGAAAGAAAACAAUAUAACUAAGGAAGAUGGAAGUUUUUACGAAUUCGGAGAGGACAUACCCGAAAUGCCGGAAAGAAAAAUGACGGAUCAAAUAAACGAACCGAUAAUGUUGUGCCGUUUUCCCGUUAAUAUUAAAUCCUUUUACAUGGCGAGAUGCGCCGAAGAUUCCAACCUAACUGAAUCCGUAGACGUACUUCUUCCUGGAGUAGGAGAAAUAAUUGGUGGAUCGAUGCGUUCUUGGGAUGAAAAGGAAUUAAUCGACGGUUUCGUUCGUAAUAACAUUAAUCCUGAACCGUAUUAUUGGUACAUCGAUCAGAGAAAAUAUGGUUCGUGUCCACACGGCGGUUACGGUCUAGGAUUGGAAAGAUUCAUGUGUUGGCUCCUCAACAGAUACCACAUACGAGAAGUUUGCUUGUAUCCGAGGUUUCUGGAAAGAUGUCGGCCUUAA